GCAGCCAGUGGGGUUCGUGACGCAGCGUCUGAAUUCUUAUAGGGCAGGGAGGGGCUUGGGGGGCUCUCUUUUUUCUCCCAUCUCCCCGUCUUUCUCUUCCAUCACCUUCCUAACGGGAGGAGAGUUUGGAGGUGGAAAGCUACUGCGUCCAGACAGCGCGGCGACGGGGAGCCGGAGGAUCCAAGAGGAGAAAGAGGAAAGAGGACCCAACGAGCCUCCUCGACUUGUCUUCUCACCUCGUCCGAGAUGAAGCUUUUCAGACCCCUCUCUUCAACGCGGCCUCGCCUGCUAAGUUACACCCUGGGCAUCCUCUUCAUCCUUGUGGUCGGACUCUAUGCUCUUCCUUCAGACUCUGGGAUAUUCCUCAUCUAUAACAAUGGUCUGCAGAGCUGCUUGGAAACAAAGGAUUCUUUGGUGAAAAUUUCUAAAAUCUGUAAUACAAGUCUUCCUGCUCAGAAGUGGAAAUGGGUUUCCAGGAAUCGGCUUUUCAACAUUGGAAACAUGCAGUGCUUGGGAGUCUCCUGGAAGUCUGCAAACAGUAGUGCCACUACCCAUGCAUUGGCCACUUAUGAAUGUAGCAGUGAAUCUGUCAACAUGCGGUGGAACUGUCGGAGUCUAGGGGACCAGCUUUCCCAGUAUUUGAGCUCGAGGUUGGGGAACUGGUCACUGACACCAGCUGAGAGAGGUGACCAGGCUCGUGGAGGACAAUGGAAGAUCUAUGGAAAUGAUGAAGAUUUGUGCUCUAGGCCAUACUCUGAAAUUUACACUAUUCAAGGCAACUCUCAUGGAAAGCCCUGCACCAUCCCCUUCAAGUAUGAUAAUCAGUGGUUUCAUGAUUGUACAAGUAUGGGACGUGGAGACGGUCAUCUCUGGUGCGCCACCACACAGGAUUAUGGCAAAGAUGAGAGAUGGGGAUUCUGCCCCGUUAAGAGCAAUGACUGUGAUACAUUCUGGGACAGAGACCAACUCACCAAUAGCUGCUAUCAGUUCAACUUCCAGUCCACCUUGUCUUGGCAGGAGGCUGGAAAGAGCUGUGAACAGCAAGGGGCUGGCUUGCUUAGCAUCACUGCGAUUCAUGAGCAGACCUACAUCAAUGGACUGCUGACAGGAUAUGGUUCCACACUCUGGAUUGGGCUUAAUGAUUUGGACCUCAAUGGGGGCUGGCAGUGGUCUGACAAUUCCCCCUUGAAGUUUCUCAAUUGGGAAAAUGAUCAACCUGAUAAUCCCAAUGAAGAAAAUUGUGGGGUUAUACGGACAGAGUCCUCAGGAGGAUGGCAGAAUCGGGAUUGCAGCAUGGCUUUGCCGUAUAUCUGUAAGAAGAAACCAAAUGCCACUUCUGAUACAUACUUUACAGAAUCUGAAGUGAAGAUUGAUUGUGAUCCCAGCUGGCAGCCAUUCCAAUCUAACUGCUAUCGUUUGAUAAGUGAAAAGAAGAGUUGGAUAGAUGCCAAAAAGACCUGCUUGCGCAGUGAAGGGGAUCUGGUGAGCAUCCAUACCCUCUCUGAACUGGAGUUUGUCACCAAGCAAAUUAAGCAAGAUGUUGAAGAACUUUGGAUUGGUCUGAAUGAUCUUCGGCUACAGAUGAAUUUUGAGUGGUCAGACAGCACACCAGUGCAGUUUACAUUCUGGCAUCCUUUUGAGCCCAACAAUUUCCGAGAUAGCCUUGAAGAUUGUGUGACUAUCUGGGGGCCGGAAGGAAGAUGGAACGACAGUCCUUGCAAUCAGACAUUGCCUUCUGUCUGUAAGAAACGAGGUCGAGUAAGUCAGGGGAAAGAGGAGGACCAUGGCUGCAGAAAGGGUUGGAAAUGGCACAGUCCAUCCUGUUAUUGGCUGGGGGAUGACCAUGUGAUAUACAGUGACGCUCGGAGAAUGUGCAUGGAUUUUGGCUCUGCCCUGGUUACCAUCACCAACAGGUUUGAACAGGCCUAUGUGAGCAGCCUCAUCUAUGGCUGGGAGGAUGAAUAUUUUUGGACUGCAUUACAAGACAUAAAUGAAACCGGUUCUUUCCAUUGGUUGAGUGGAGAUGAAGUCACUUAUACCCAUUGGAACCGCAACCAACCUGGUUAUAACAAAGGUGGCUGUGUUGCUUUGGCCACAGGAAGUGCCAUGGGCCUGUGGGAAGUAAAGAACUGCACUACAUUCAAGGCCAAGUAUAUCUGCAGGCAGAAUCUGGGGACACCAGUAAAUCCUGAACUUCCUUCACCACAUCCUACACCCAGCCUCACUGGUACUUGUCCUUCAGGUUGGACCACCACCUCCAAGCUGAGAUAUUGCUAUAAAGUAUUCAGCUAUGAUAAGCUGCAGGAAAAGAAAAAUUGGAUCACAGCACAUUUGUUCUGUCAGGAAUUAAAAGCACAGCUCUUGAGCUUGAGUGAUUAUGAGGAAGAACAUUUUGUAGCCAAUACCCUCAACAAGAUUUUUGGGGAGUUGGAACCUGACAUUCAUGAGCAACAUUGGUUCUGGAUUGGAUUGAAUCGCCGUAGCCCUAGAGCUGAGGGAAGUUGGAGCUGGAGUGAUGGUGUUGGAUUUUCUUAUCACAACUUUGACCGCAGUAAUCAUGAUAAUGACGACAUCCGUAACUGUGUUGCCCUGGACUUGGCAUCCUUGCAGUGGGUGCCUCUACAGUGUGAAAUUAAACUGGACUGGAUCUGCAAAUUGCCCAAAGGGACUGAGGUGGAAGAACCAGAAACAACCAUCCAAGGGAGUAAUGAGUGGUUAAAGUUUCAGGAUGCUGAAUACAAGUUCUUUGAUCACCAUUCAACUUGGGUGCAGGCUCAACGGAUUUGCACAUGGUUUCAAGCUGAUUUGGUGUCAAUUCAUAGCCAAACUGAAUUGGAUUUUCUGGGCCAAAACUUGAAGAAGUUUUCAAGAGGUCAGGAGGAACAUUGGUGGACUGGAUUAAACACCUAUGAGAAUGAUGGACGGUUUCGGUGGUCUGAUGGUUCCUUAUUGAAUUUCAUCUCAUGGGCACCUGACAAACCACAGCUUAUCAGCAAAGAAAGGAAGUGUGUGUACAUGACAGCUAGCCGAGAAGACUGGGGUGACCAGAGAUGCCUCACAGCUCUGCCUUAUAUUUGCAAGCGUACCAACAUCACCACUGUGCAGCCCUCCUUGCCAUUGCUACCUGUACCAGCUCCUGGCAGCUGUGCCCAAGGCUGGCAUGCGUUCAUUAAUAAGUGCUUUAGGAUCUAUAAUCAAGAAAAAGUGACAUGGCUGGAGGCAAAACAGAAAUGUGAAAUUCAGGGAGGUAUAUUGGCUACUAUCUCCAACCUUCUUGAGCAAGCUUUUAUAACAACUCUUCUUCCAAAUGUGACCUUUGAUAUAUGGAUUGGCCUCCAUGAUUCCAAGAAGGAAUUUAUCUGGGUAGAAUCUGAGGCUGUCAAGUAUGUGAACUGGGCCCCUGGAGAACCAUCUGGAUAUGGAACAUCCAUUGCUAGUGAUCAGCCGACCAACUGCGCUGUAAUGUGGCAUGGCCUCCCUCCCCUGUUUACAGGCCGUUGGGAUGAUAGGAACUGCCAAGAGGAGAAACAUAUUUUUAUCUGCCAGAGAAGCAAAGACCCUACUCUAAAUCCUUCUUCAACAUCCUUCUUUCCUGUUCUAAACUCUACUCUUUCAUAUCUUAACAACACAUACCGUAUUUUGAUGAAGCCACUCAAAUGGCAUGAAGCUGUGUUGUUAUGUGAGAGUCUUAAUGGAAGUCUAGCAAAUGUGAUGGAACCAUUCACCCAGGCCUUCCUCACUCAAGUAGUCAGCAGCUUCCAUACCCCACUUUGGAUUGGAUUGUCCAAUGAAGAGGGGAGACGUAAUUAUGAAUGGUUUAUAGAUGAGAGCAUCUCCUACACAAACUGGCAAGAUGGAGAACCACAACAAAUGGCGGGGUGUGCAUACAUGGAUAUAGAUGGAACAUGGCGAACUGCCAGUUGCAACACAAAGCUUCAAGGGGCCAUCUGCAAGUUGAACACAGGACCCCUUUCUUCACACAAGUGGAGUUACAAUGGAAGUUGUCCUAAAACAAUAGAAGAUUCUUCUUGGGUUCCUUUCCGAAACCAUUGCUAUGCUUUCCACAUGGAAGUUAUUCUAGGCCAGAAGGAAGCUGUGAAGAAAUGCCAGAAAGUUGGAGGUAUGGUGCUGUCCAUCCUAGAUGAGAUGGAGAAUAUCUUUGUUUGGCAACAUCUACAAGUUUAUGAAAGCCAAGCCAAGGGGGUAUGGCUGGGGAUGUCCUUUAAUCCGAAAGGGGGUUCACUUGUUUGGCAUGACAGCACAGCUGUAAACUAUUCUAACUGGGGACAACAUGAUACAGGACCAAGCAUGAUCAGCCCAAAUAGCUGCUAUUGGAUCCAGAGCAGCAAUGGUGUUUGGCGUCUGGGCUCUUGUUCAAAUGUAACCAUGGGAGUCAUCUGUAAGACAACUCGAGCGAAAGGAAGCUCCAUCUCCAAAUCAGCUUUCCUGGAAAAUACAAAAACCAUUGUUGUAGUCAUCCUCUCCACUCUAGCACUCUGUGCACUGGUAGCUGUGGCCUUCUAUCUGUAUAAGCGCCGGUUGAUUUCAGAACGAGGGACAUUUGAGAGUGCUCGCUAUAGCCGCACCAACGCUAGUCCUAGUGAAUCUGCUGAGAAGAACAUCCUGGUAUCUGAUAUGGAGAUGAAUGAACAACAAGACUAAUAGUGAAUGUGUCAAGUGUGGGAGUUGGGUAGGGAUGGUGGGUGGUGGGAGAAUGGGAUGGGAGUGUCACAAGUACCUGUCAUGAACAGUCUCAAAAAGUCUCUCAGGAGAGAACAGAACUGCUGAGUCAACAGCAGAAGAGUUGGAAGGCAGGGCAGUGACCCACUAAAGAGAUGUGGAGAAAUACUAAAAGGGGCUUUGUAAGAAAUCCCAGUUUACCUUUUUCUACUCAGAGAAAAAUGAUGGUUCAUCUCUUGGAAGGAAAAUCUCAUUUUGUAACCUAUAAUCUCUAAGUAGCUAUACAACUUCUUCACAUCUCUUUAGAGACUUAGUAUAUAAGCAUUUUUUUUCUCUCCGAUAAUAAUAGCAAAACAAGUAUUUUGUUGUAUCUUUUCAUCUUGCUCUUCCUACCCUGUCUGUUUCUUUCUCUGAUAUGUCCUUCCAUUACUUCUCAGAGACAUGUGAAAGGCCCUUGAAUUCUUUUGGUUGAGAUCAGAUCUUCUAUUCCACUGCUGCCCAGGGACUUUUUCUUUUUUAAGCCAUGAUGCUAUCAUGAAACCCAUUGCCAUAGAAAGCCUUUCCUGAAACCAUUGAAAGCAGCAUCAUUGAACUUUCAUAUUUACGAGUGCCAGCUUCAUGACAGAAAUAUUUACAGCAGUGCUUAAAAGCUGGUGAAUCUCUUUAAAGGUUCAAUAUUUCUACAUAAUAUUUUGACUCAUCUGUUUAUUGGUUUCUCUUUAUCUAGUUUUAGGACAUGUGGAGAACAGAUCAUGGUUUAGGUCAUAUUUAUGUAUAAAUAUUGAAAGGAUUCGCAAACUUUAAAGCACCAGUGUAGAUGUACUUAUUAAAUUUAUGGAUGGCAAAUAAAUUUAAUAAAUAAAAUAAUAAAUGACUGCUUUGGAAUGGCAAAUAUAAGAAUGUUGAAAUGUUUUGGCAAUUAGAAUAUUUUAUACAAUACUGCAUAAAAAUGGCCAGAGUAUUGUGUAAUUACUAUUCAUUGAUUAAAAAAACCCUUGUAAUUAAGAAUAUGCAGAAGGUGUGGUGUUCAGAUCUUUAUAUCUUUGAGAGAAGAAUAAUCAGAACGAGAAAGUUAUACUGCAGGAUUACAUUUUCCCAGAUGAAAUAAUGUUUGAGCACUUAAAUAAAUGCCAGUAGGCAAAGCAGUAAUUAUCCUAUGUAAUAACACAAAUGGGAAACAAUAAUGCAUAUUGUAUAAAACCUGAUUCAGCAGAAAGAUAUCAUCCAGAUUUUGGAACCCAGAUGUGCUCAGAAUCUGAGUUUCAUCACAAUCACAAAAUGACCAGCACAACACAAACUUUUGUGUGUGAGGGAGAUAUCUGUAUGCAUGCAUAUAGGAGCAUAGUUUGUAUUAUGAUAUUUGGAUUCCCUUCUCAAUAUUUUAUUUAUCCUCCUACUUUGGGCAGCCAUGUUUCAGGAACAGAAAGCUGGUCUGUGAAUUGACAUUCCAUUCCACAUGAGUUUAAUCAUUUGAAAAAAGUAAAUCCUUUAUUUUUAUUUAAGAAUAGCAUAUAGGCUGCUGGGCAACUUAAGGUUUGGAUACCAGAUGCUAAGAACCAAUGAAAAAAUACUGUACCUGCUUAGAAUAGUGGCUUUUUAUUAUAAUAAUUAUAAUUUACAGAAAUAAAGAAUAAAAGGAGCCUCAUUUAAAACAGGGACCCUGUGAGAGCCAUUCUAUUUUACGUUUUCAUUUUUAAUUAAAUAUUUCUGAGUGGUAACUGUGACAAUGAAGUGGGGAUAAAUAUUUUUACAACUUAGAUACUUAAGGAAUUUAUUGUAUAUGAAAACAGAUUUUUCACUUAAGCUGGAUAUUAAGUGUUUGUAGAAAAGCUAUACCUAUGACAUUUGCCAAACACAUUCCACACCAACAAUAGUAAGGGAAGUUUCAAAAGCAAAUCUAACUUUCCCGUUUUCCUUUCUUUUCCCUUCAUAACUGCCUGUUUAAUGGGCAACUUUUUGAUUUGUGUCUAUAUAUUUUUAUCUGGCUCUCUUGCUCAAUAUUUUUCUCCUCAGGGAUAAUUUAAAUCAUGAUAGAGCAUUUAGAUGUUUCAAAGUCUGUCGUAGGAUGGGCAAGUUGCCUUUGAGCAUGUGCAAUGUUUUUUCAUGUCACUGAUGAGACACACUGAUGAGACAAAGAAGCAGUCCCCCUGCAUCUUAAUAAUGCUACAGCAGAGGUCAAGAUUUAUAGCAUUGGGCACAAAAGAUAUGCCAUUUACUGAUGAAGUAGAAUCACUUUGCAUAAUAUUUAGGACAGGAUUUCUGUGCAAAUAGCUUGUGGAAACUGACCAUGUGUGUUCACUGAAAUGGGUAUUUUUUAAUAAGAAGCACAGGUUCCUUCCCCAGGAACCGCUGACAUGCUUGUUCAGUUUUGUUUAAUGGGAAUUGUCUUGAAAGCAUAUCUUGUGCCAAGCAGGCCAGCUAACAUGUGUUCAAGGAGUAAGUGCAAUAGCAGAGCUGAAAGGAUGGGGAAGCUUUUCAAGAUUAGCCUCUUCAUUCUCCCAGCUAUUCAAGCUGCUGCUAUUUCCCCAAUUUCUCUAUCCAUAAUGACUAUACUGUAGCCAUUAUGUUUCUUAUAGUCUUGCUUAUUAUUUGCUUUCAGAGUAAAUCAAGUGUAACUAAAAAUUAUUAAUUCCAUAAAGGAGGGAGAAGUAUCCUGCCAUUAAUGGAAGGUUUUAAAUAUACUGGAAAAUGUUUCAGAUUAAAUAUUUCUUGUUUGUUUUUAAUAAUGUGAAAAGGUGCUAAAAAAACUGGCAUAUUUUAAA